UCCCUUCACCCCUCCCAUGCCGGGGCGCGGAUGACGUCACUGCUGUUUACGUCACGAGGCGACGGCGGUGGCGGCGAAAUGGCGGACGGGGAUCUGAACGUGGAAAGCAUCAUAGCGCGCCUGCUGGAAGUGCGGGGAUGCCGGCCGGGGAAGACGGUGCACAUGACAGAGGCGGAGGUGAGGGGCCUGUGCAUCAAGUCUCGCGAGAUCUUCCUCAGCCAGCCCAUCCUGCUGGAGCUGGAGGCCCCGCUGAAGAUAUGCGGCGACAUCCAUGGGCAGUACACGGACCUGCUCCGUCUGUUCGAGUACGGUGGUUUUCCACCUGAAAGCAACUAUCUCUUCCUGGGCGACUACGUGGACCGUGGCAAGCAGUCGCUUGAAACCAUCUGCCUGCUGCUCGCCUACAAGAUCAAGUACCCCGAGAACUUCUUCCUUCUGCGGGGCAACCACGAAUGUGCCAGCAUCAACCGCAUCUAUGGCUUCUACGACGAGUGUAAGAGGCGCUUCAAUAUCAAGCUCUGGAAGACGUUCACAGAUUGCUUCAACUGCCUGCCCAUUGCUGCCAUUGUGGACGAGAAGAUUUUCUGCUGCCAUGGGGGUCUCUCACCCGACCUGCAGUCCAUGGAGCAGAUCCGGAGGAUAAUGAGACCCACGGACGUCCCCGACACAGGGCUGCUAUGCGACCUGCUGUGGUCGGACCCGGACAAGGACGUGCAGGGCUGGGGAGAGAACGACCGUGGAGUUUCCUUCACCUUCGGCGCCGACGUCGUCAGCAAGUUCCUCAACCGCCACGACCUGGACCUCAUCUGCCGUGCGCACCAGGUUGUCGAAGAUGGCUACGAGUUCUUUGCCAAGCGCCAGCUGGUCACGCUCUUCUCCGCCCCCAACUACUGCGGAGAGUUUGACAACGCGGGGGCCAUGAUGAGCGUUGACGAGACGCUCAUGUGCUCCUUCCAGAUCUUGAAGCCGGCUGAAAAGAAGCCAAAGUACCAGUACGGAGGACUAAACUCGGGCCGGCCCGUGACUCCGCCCCGCACUGCGCCCGCACCACCUAAGAAGAGAUGAAGCCCAUCCGUGUUGUAUAACCACCCCCCCCCUGCUCCACACCGCACACCACACGGAGAGGGAGUCACGCAAAUGCACUGAUGCCAUCGGAAGUCAAUGGCAAAUGCUGUAGCUAGAAGGUAGAAGCUACAGCAGUGCCUCUUGAGAAUAAUAAUCGGGAUACUGGAGGGGGUGUACAUCUCGUUUUCGAGUCUUUCCACCAAUCGGUCACAUAGCUGUGACUGGUAAAGCUUACGUGAGUCCUAUGUUAAAAAAUUUGAUACAUUUUGGGGCAACAGGGUCAAUGGCUUAUUUUGAUUAGGCAUGUUCACCAUUCAGUCUUUUGGUAAAUAGCACUUUCCCGCCACAACUGCAAACACGUUGAUAUGUAACGGUGAUAUGUAUAAAAUAUCCCCUUGCAAUUACUUUUAUUCUAGAUUGGUUUCGAACAUAAGAUAAUGCCACUGGCCUCUGAGCAGCAGUCAAACGGACAUUUUUCACGCUCGACGUGCAUCAUUAACAGCUGGUGCGCCGUCGCGUUAGGAAUUACCAACGGGGCUCUGCCGUGCAGAUUUUCAAGAAGGCGUCUUGCUGACGGGGUGCGUUUGUCUGCCGCCCUUGGUGUUUGCGAGGGCUGUGGAUCUGCCUUGAGUCCUUCGGUGUCUACUCAGUCCACUCAACGUCACUUCAGUACUAACCGGUGCCGUGACCUAGCUCUGUUGUCGAUGCAUCUAAAUUUGCCCACACAAUGUUGUUUUUCUUUGUCAAUAUGCAAAUGUAAAAAUGCUAAAUUUCACUUGCCUCACUAAAGCUCUUGUGCCAUUUUAUGCAUCACAGUAAUAUCUUAGGCCCCCACCAUGCUGAGUUUUCCACAGGCAAAAUGUAACGUCAAAAUAAACAUUUUAAUCUGUCACUAAAAAUAAGUUUUGUAUCGUAUGAUUUGGUGUUUGUUUAAUAACAGUGAAUUCUUUAAAAUGUUCACGGUAAAUGGUAAGCAUUUUCGCUCAUAACUAAAGGUGUCAUGCAAUUAUAGAGCUUAAACAAAUCUAGUCAUGUAACAGAUAAAAUAGACACAAUUAAGUGAUAUUUGAAAGCAGUCCUUUGCUUAUAUACAUUCACACGCUUCUGUAGGCUGUAUAAUUCGGUGCAUCUUUUAGCACUCUUUUUGCAAAUCAAUAUUUCCACAUGCAGAGAUGGGAUGUUACAACGUUUCCUGUCAUGUUUUUGCAUGACCACGUAACCACGUGAAACAAAUCACACAACACACUCUCACCCACAGCAAGGCGCUCCUCUACCCUGCACUGGGGUGGUGUGCGCUCACUCGCGUUACGCAGGGCUCCCUUCUUAUGGGGUUGGUGGAAACACUGGCGUUCAUUUGCAUAAGGGCGCAUACCCAGAUGAACCAGAGCCCGAUUGGUUGGCUCUGUUCGUGGGCAGGGCUUGCGUCAUUACAUCAUGAUGCCCAGGCCAGAAUGCCGUUGUUACCAUCCGCUAGCUGAUGAUUGGCUGGUGUGUUUAGUACAGAAUGCAGCCACAUCAGUACCUUAAAACAAAUUGGUAUAUCUACAGAAUAACGUUUUUCCCUAAAUAUACCAGAAUUUCCACAAAAGUCAUGAGCAAACUGUUCAGAAAUUGGGCUCAGUAUAUAGAUGUGAUGCAAAUAACAUUGCACAAGACCAUUCAGAUAUAAAUGAUAGCCAGUUGGCAGUUGGGCAGUUUUGUGAGUUGUCAUCCCCUUGGGUGUGUGAGAUGUCUCUAGCUACUCAUGUUUCCUUCCACUCAAACAUUUUCAAUAAAAAAUUGGCCAAAUUUCUCCAGUCACCAGAACCUCUAAUAUCCUAAGGCUUGGUAAGGCAACUAUGGGUACAUGUUUGACAAAUAAUAAUAUGUAUCAUCGCUGUGGGAAUGCUUGGCUCUUUUUUGGGACCAUAUUAAGCAAGGGCUAUGGAACGUAAACACGAGCCCACGGUUUUUCACCUGAUUCACUGUACUAAAUAUUGCAAUCACGUGACUUCACAUUGCAAAAUAAUCCCUUGGACUCCUCCACAAUGAGUUUGUGAUGACCACCACCAAGGCUGCAUUUUAGGAUUCACUCGGAGCUUCCUGCAUUUUGUUAAAACCAUGAAACAUCAAAUUGAAUUUCUAACAAACAUUUAUAUUUGAUGAUACAAUUUCAAUUCUGAAAGAAUUUUGGACAUGGCAAAGUGUAGGGUAAAUCAUAUAAUUAAUAAAUGUAUUAAUAUAAUGUAUUAAUAUAUUUAAUGAAGUGUAGCAUAAUAUAUAUAAAUAGUUUCAAGUGAAUGAAAAGUGCUCUACUAACAAAAAAUCGGGACAAUCGUAACCGCUUGUAAAUUGUGCAGAAUAUGCCAUGUAAUUUGUGUGUGUGUGCAGUGGGGGAGCGAUCGUGCAAUGGUUAGCGCUACACAUGCGCUGCAAACUCGGAUACCUGAGUUCAAUUCCCGCUCACGGCAAACACCAGUGAUAGCGAUUAUCUGAACCGGUCCCGGGCCCUCCCCUCGGUCGACUCAGCCUCAAAUGAGUACCUGGGUGCGGUGUGUAAACGUCGCCACUGGGGAGACAAAGGCAGCCGGGCAUGGUGCUGGCCACCCACCCCCUCGUGUGCUGUCGGCCUUAAUAGGUGCUUGCUAACAGCACAUUCCCAAACAGUCUGUUAAGGCUACACGGUGGGAGUGGGGGAUCUUUGUCUUUGUGUGUGCAGUGAUCACUGUAAUGUUUGCCUUAAAGAAUAGUUUGUCUUGUUGGAACACUUUCUUGUGUUUAGAUUGCUGUACUUGUUGAAUCCCAAUUUUCUGUUAAAUAUAUUUUCUGAACUCUCAAUGGGCUCUUAACUGGUUAUACAUAAUUUUUCGAUCAAAAUAAAUAGCGUAGUUGGACGUAAAAUUGAAAUUUGAAAGUAAUAUAUUUCAUUCGCCCAGAUUUACUUUUGAGGUACCACAUUACUUUGUUUAUUGAAAUUUGACGAGUGAAAAAAAAUCGAUGUUGCAAAAAGUGUUCCUCGUGAGAAGACGACUUGUCGUGAAAAAUGUAAAGUUUAGGAUUUUAUUUCAAACGGUACUUUCGUGUGUCUGCAGUGUUGAAUCGGCACAGAACGAUUCACCACCCAGCUCCUCCGGUGUCAAAUUGAAAUGUGACUUUUGUCCAGCAAUCCGACGAGUGACGUCUUCAUUCCGUUAUGUUCGUACGGUCCCAUUCCCUCCAUUGGCCAGCGGCGGCUUUGCUGUGUUGGACAACGUCGGUUCAGAGCCUUUAAUAUUAAAGUACCUUGUAAUUGGCAUAUAAUUAGAUGAUUUGUGUAAAUUGUAAAUAUUCUGCUCUUACAACGGUGCGAUUCGAUGCAUGUAUCCUGAGCAUAAUGAUCUUUUCAACUAUAAAUCAACAUCGUUGCAUGCCUGAUGUAUGUGCAGUAUAAGCCCUGAAUGUUAACUGGCCCACUUUCCUUACACACCUAUACCGAAUGUGGAGUUUUUUGUUGUAGAAAUAGAAUUUGCUUAUGAAUCGUUGUCUUGGUUUUUCUAUUUAAAGUACAUUACCACUAAGUAGAAACCCAUUACACCAUUAGUGUGUUUAUAUCAAGUCUGAUGGUGAAAUGCUUCUAUUUGAUUUCCUUCAAUGUUUUUUUUUUACAUCGAGCAAAUCACUCGCAGUUCCAUAUGAUCGAUCCCCUGGAAGGCUCGCGAAAGCAAGAUCUCGAUGCAGGGAUGCGAGUCUUUGAUGAUGCCAAAGAGCGACACUGGUUUGAAAAAGGAAACUGUUGUGGAUAUAAACACAUUGCUUCUUUGGAACACUAAUUCGGUACGGGAAUCUUGACCAACUUAGAGAAGACUGGCGUGAUCUGACAACCCUUCAGUUACUUGGUUUAAGGCCUUGGACGUACUACUCAAUAAUCUCGCAUUAGGUGAGUUGCAAUCUGCUCCCCAUGCCUUGACGAAUACACGCAUUGUAUAUAUUUUGGCAUAAUUUUUUGUUUAUUUGGACUUGUAUAUUUGGCUAUAUAGGUGUGAAAAAUAUCCAGCAAAAGAACAGUAAUUUGUAUAGCAAACUAUAAAAUUCUGAGGUUUACUGGCGUGCUCGUAUCCAUUCUGACGCGUGCUUAUGUGGGAUGCAUUAGUACAGUUGUCAACUAUUUAACAUACUGAAGAUGAAAUACUUUCAUGCUUGGAAAUGCAGUUCAAAGCUUGCAACAAAUAUAAUGCGUAUUCCUAAGGUAUGCGAUACUUUUUAUUAAUGAGGCGCUUGCUUCCUCGACUAGUUCCAUAAUGUUGAAUAUUACAUCUUUUGACUUACGCACAUUGUUAAAGUUAAUGCCGAUUUUUUUCUUCAUCCCAUGCAAACUUUGUCGCACUGAAACAAACGUCAGCAUAACCAUACAAGCAUCUGUUGGCCGAGCAUGCUCUGCUGUGUAAUAUAAUGUAGUGCAGAGCCAUGCGAUUAAAAGGUGGCUUAGACGUGACCUGUCAUACAUGUGGAGCCUGUUAAAUCUCGUUCUUUGAUGAUCAUCGUUUCAUUCUUUCCCAUUUUGGAUAUUUCUAAUUUUGUAACACCUCAUCUCUCUCGUCUUCCAUUUAACACAGAUACGGUCACAACCACACUACGGUAAUGUUAUAUCCAUGUACUGUUUGUAUAAAAGUAUAUAUAGCUAUGUACACAGCAAUCUGUGUGCAUCCUACCCCAGAUACUUGUGUAUGACAUUAAACAUUUUAAUCUGCAAAAAAAAAGCUGUUUUUACAAUUACCAAGUUACAGGUUGCACAAUUCACAAUACUUACACUUAGAGAACAUGCUAAAUAGCCUUGAGUUUAUCUUGAUUCUUUUGCAUGUGUAGUAUGGUUUGAAUUCAUAUUUUGCGUUCCGACAUAUACAUUGUUAAAUAUACUGUGUAUACGUUGUGAUUUGUUUUUUCCCAAAUAAAAGGACGAGUGAAUACAA